UAUUUAACACUAUUAAAUCACACAACAUUGUUAUUUAUCUAGAGAAUUUUUAUCGAUAAAAAAAGGUUUCAAUCAAUUAAAUUUGUUAUUGUCCGAAAAUCAUGAGAGGCAGUAGGGUCUAAUUAAGGAAAGGUGUUGAACAAUUCUACUAUCAUUUCCCUAUAAGUAUGAGCAUUUCUCAUUCUUUUUAGUUGGAUCAUGAGAAAAUUGCAAGGGUCAUCUUCACUCUUUGAAACAGAGAUGGAAGCAGCACGGCGGUUGGCGUCGCGUUUGCGGGUGGUUCCGAUGAUGUUGGUAUUCUCAAACGCCACCGUAUCAUCAUCUUCUUCUAGUUGUAACACCGAAACUCCACCUUCGAAUACCAAACUUUCUAGCUUUAGCUCAGCUUCUUCAGAAACGGCAUUCUUAAGUAAAACACUGAAAUCCGAAUUGCCUCACAUUGUACAAGCUGGUGACCCAGUUCUUCACGAGCCGGCACGUGAAGUUGAUCACAGUGAGAUUAAUUCAGACAAGAUUCAGAAGAUUAUCGAUGGCAUGAUUCUUGUCAUGAGAAAUGCUCCUGGAAUUAGUCUUUCUGCUCAAAAAAUUGGUAUCCCCUUAAGGAUAAUUGUUUUGGAGGAACCAAAAGAAAAUCUUUAUAACUACACCGAGGAGGUGAACAAAAUAAUAGAUAGAAGACCUUUUGAUCUUUUGGUGAUUCUGAAUCCCAAGCUAAAGAUCAAGAGCAACAAGACUUUUCUUUUUUUUGAAGGGUGCUUGAGUGUUCAUGGAUUUCAAGCUGUGGUAGAGCGGUACCUUGAUGUUGAGGUUGAAGGUUUUGAUCGAUAUGGUGAGCCAAUCAAAAUAAAUGCUUCUGGUUGGCAUGCUCGGAUUUUACAGCAUGAGUGCGAUCACCUAGAUGGAACACUAUAUGUUGAUAAGAUGGUACCUAGAACUUUCAGAAGCUGGGAAAACAUCAAUAUGUCUAUUGCCCGUGCCGUGGGUGUCUCAAACUUGGCCGCUGAGCUUAAAACUGGAGCUGCCUUUGAUUCAAAAUAUUAGUGAAAAGUUGACGUUUGUAGACCUUAUAAUGUAGUCCAGAAUCUGAUCCAUUAAGAGCAUCUGAUUCAAAUCAUUAGUAAAUUUCCUCAAAUUAGUAUUA